GCUGACCGGCUUCAUUUGGAGUCGGAGCCUGGCCGUGGCUCAGGUGACCAGCGUCUCUCUCAGAAGGUGCCACCGACCGUGCCACCGGCUAGUGGGGUCUCGGCCGCAAUGAUCCAGAAUGUCGGAAAUCACCUGCGAAGGGGCAUCGCGUCUGUGUUCUCGGGCCGCACGUCCCGGAAGUCAGCCUCUCGCGCAGAGCACGCCGACGGUGCCAUGGUGGACAGUGAGGGGUACCGGAGCCCCACGGAGGUGCAGAUGAGCCAGAUGGUGCUGCCUUCCCACACCAACCAGCGCGGCGAGCUGAGUGUCGGGCAGCUGCUCAAGUGGAUCGACACCACCGCCUGCCUGUCCGCCGAGAGGCAUGCUGGCUGCCCCUGCGUCACCGCUUCCAUGGACGAUAUCUACUUUGAGCACACCAUUAGACUGGCUGGCACACAAGGAGCCCGAGUCCUGACCUCUGGGCCUCCCCAUAGGAGCGUGGAGCUAGUGCAGCAGGUGGAUGAGGACGAUGCCAUCUACCAUGUCAUCAGCCCUGUCCUUGGUGGCGAUGCCAAGCCCCAGGACUUUGUGAUCCUGGCCUCUCGGCGGAAACCUUGUGACAACGGGGACCCCUAUGUCAUCGCGAUGCGGUCAGUUACGCUGCCCACACACCCCGAGACGCCAGCAUAUAGGCGCGGGGAGACCCUCUGCUCGGGUUUCUGCUUCUGGAGAGAGGGGGACCAGCUGACCAAGGUGUCCUACUACAACCAGGCUACCCCGGGCUUUCUCAACUACGUGACCACCAACGUGGCUGGUCUCUCCUCAGAGUUCUACACCACGUUCAAGGCUUGUGAGCAGUUCCUGUUGGACAACCGGAAUGAUCUGGCCCCCAGCCUGCAGACCCUCUAAGCCCCCGGCAGUGGCCACUGCACACCCACUCCCCCUCCAUCCUGCCCCCAGGGACACACAUGCAGCGCACUGAGGCAGGCAGGGGCAUUUAUUCCUUGCUGCCUCCCCCGUGGGAAGCCUGGAGCCAGGGGCCCACCGGCCCAGCACCCAUGGGUGCUCAGUUCCCUCCAGCAUCUGCCAGCAAGUCUUCGCGGUAACUCGGGGGCAGCCGGUAGUAGACUCGGGUCCUGUCCACAGCCCUGGCUCCCAGCAGCCCCGCCCGCACGGAUGCAUAGUCGUCCCCCUCAGGACGGUGCUCCACCGUGACAGUGGCCCGGGGGGAGGCCGCCAACAGCCUGGCCACCAUCCCAGCCGGGUUCGGGCCCAAGAGCCUGGCCUGCAGCUGGAAGGACACAGGUUGCCAGAGACCCCGGCAUAGCUCCAGCAUAUCCGCAAGCAGCUGGUCCCUGUAGCCACCACCCAGCGCCUCCUCAGGCCAGCCUGGCGCCACCGUCACGUGGGGGAACACCUCAGCCACAGUUGUCAGCAGCUCCCUGCCGGCCACGUGGCCAGGGGCCGCAAAGCUGCCAUGGGAGACCGUGGCCCCGAUCCACACAGGCCGAGGCAGGUGGCCCAGGGCAGACAGGCGGGCCAGCGUGGCCAGGGCCGGCCGGAGGGCUGAGGGCUCUGCUAUGAGCAGAUGGACACCCCAGCGCCCGGGCCGCCCGGCAAGCUGCAGGAGGCAGGACUCCAGCGUCGGGGCGGGACCUCCCGGGGCGCGUAUGACGGGCACGGCGUCCUUGGCUGCAGGCCCCUGGAGGCCAACGGUCAGCAGGAUCAUGCCUUCUCCGUCUGAAAGAGGCAGUGGACGCAGGCGGCGAAGUGUCAGGAGUUCGGGUGAUGGUGGGCUGUCAGAGGCCCUGUUAAAGGGGUGGCAAUGGGGGGGGGGCAGCCAAGGAGAAGCUGGUGCCCCGUCUGCUGAGAUCUGUCGAGGGUCCGGGCUCCAGGUGGAAAGGCUGCUUUAUAAAUGUGCCUGAGGCUCAUCCGACCACCUGAACGACAUGAUCAGCUGCUAGCUCGGCUCUUGGCCUUUGACUGGGGCUUGGUCCUGGGGCCUGGGCCUGCCUGUCCUGCAGUAGAUAGGGCUCAGGGCUCAAGGGCACUGACGGUUAGGGGCCCCUGCCCGAUACCACUGCACUCGGCCACCAUGGCGUCCAGCACAUUGCCGCAGUAACAGAGGCCUUAGCUUCCUGCCCCGAGCAAAGGAAUCCCCCCUCUUCCCCCCCAGUUUAGCUAGGAGCACAGGGGCUGAAGGCAGGCCUUACCUGGGAGGCUGACUGUUGCUGUUCUUCUGUUGCCCUGGAGGUCAGGAACCAGCCACUCCACACUCAGACCGUCCCCCCCAGGGGGCUGGAGGAGAGGGAUCAGGCUGCCUCCCGUGUAGUAAAUGCGCUUCCGUGUGGCAUUCGCUGUGGGGCCCCAAAUUGUCAAGAUGCACUGGCCACCAUUCACGGAGCCCCUUCUCUGAGUCCUGUGUCUACACACAGUCUCUCUCAGACUCACAGCACCCUUCCAGGCAGACGUACUCCCAUCAGAGAUUACAAGGAGGGAUUCCCCAAGGUCCCACAGCCACCCGGGGUUAGAACCUGAUGCAACCAAGUCUGCCAGCCCCAAAGCUGGAACUCCCUCUCCCCGCACCGGCAUGGCUCCCAUGGUAGGAAUGUUGAGUCUCAUGGGUUCCCUUUGAGAUGGCUUAACUGCAGGCUCUCCUAGGUCCAGGGUCAAGGGAAUGAGGGGUCUGGACAAGCAAACGGGUAGUAUCUGGGUCUUUGAUUAGUAGGUACAUUGGUGUGUGUGUGGGGGGGGGCGGUCUCUGAGGAACUACGCUGUAAGGGAAACGCACAUGGGGUUUGGAAUUUGCUGGGUUCCAAUCUAAGCUGUGCUAUGUACAAGGGAAUGACUUGGUGUAGAUUAUUUUACUGGUCUGAACCUCAGUUUCCCUAUCUAUAGAAUGGAAUCACUGCUUCCUGGAUAUUUGAGGCUUACAUAGCAUACCAUACCCACGUCUGGCAUACAGUAGGCGCUUAAAAGCAUUCUUUGACCCGAUUCCACCCAGAAUUUUCCCUUCUGAUGCCUCACCCCUCCAGCUCUGCUCCACUGUCCACCAAAUGCUGCCCGCAGAAUCCGCCCUACCAGCUUCCCUGGCCGCCCCACACCCCUCCUACCGGCCAGUCGCUUGAACUGUGACAGGAGAGGCUCAAAGAGGUCAUAGUAGACUUGGUGGGAAGCGCUGUUGUCUCGGACAUAGAGGAGAUCAUCCACCGACACGGGGUCCGAGGCACCCUGCCACAGCGUCAGGCUGUACCUGGGGCCCAGAGACCAAGCUCAGCACCUGCCUGGGCCCAACAAGGUCCUCAGUCCCACUCUUGUGCUCAGAACGGGACCCUAGCUGGGCAGGGAUAGAGUACCUGGCCUCCAGCUUCCCACCAGCCCCUUCUCCCUGAGAACUGCCCCCCUUCCCAAGGGCAGAAGAAGUCACAGGGGCUUCAGGAAGGAAAAGUAAAGAAGCUGAGCAGGAGGCGCUGGCCCGCCCUGCCUCCUCACUGGGAGUAUCUAUUUCUGGUUCUGUCUUAGGAACAGGAACAGGACAAGGACAGAAAGCGAUGGGUACAGGCAGUGGGGAAGAAGUUAGGUGUGGAGGGGGAAGGGGACAGCCCUGGAACUCCUGUGGGAAGUGGCCGAGGAAGGUGGGACUGGGCAGUUGGGAGUCCCUCAAUCCCUAGAAGACAAUCCUGGGCACAGCUGGCUCCCAUGGGAGGAAGACUUGCCACUAGGUCAAGUUAUCCACUAAUGGACUGGCUGCCUUGGGUGGUAGUGAGCAGCCCAUCACCAGAGGUAUACAAGCAGAGAGCAGGGAUGCUGUAGAGGAUGUGAGCACCAGUGGGUAUUGGACAGAUAUGGUUAAGUGGCUGGGAUCUCCCCAGGGAGUAACAGUGCCCGGGGGGUGGGUCAGGUGGAUCAGGGGCUGUGGCAGGGGCCUGGGAGUUUUCACCUCUUCGAUUGGCCCAGCAGCCAGCUGAAGUGGGGCCAGGCAGCCCGUACCAUGACAGCCCGCACGGGGAAGGUGACCCUCUGUGGCAGUGUGCCCACCAGCUCCUGCAUCCUCUCCACCAUGGCUCGGGUGUAUGUCCUGUUCAGGAACAGGGGCACAUAGAGGGUGGUCCAGCCUGGAGACAGGGUGGCCUCAGGAUACUUCUCCUGGACCAAGGCCAGGAACCUGCGGAGAAUCAGAGACACUGGUCUUUGAGAGCCUUGCUGGCCCCUUCCUCAUCUCCUGGGUUCCCAUCACUGGGCUAGGAAGUGGCAAGUCCUGUUAAAUGUAGAGUAUAAGGACCGAAGCUGAGUCCUAAAGAACAGAAGUGACUUAAGGUCCUACAAAUGGGGCAUGGACUUUGGAGUCAGGGAGUUCUGGGUUCAGGUCCUGGACUCUAUAACCUUGGGCAGCUCAAUUCAACCUCUUUGAUUCUCAAAGAUGUCAUCCCUUCUGGUAGGGCAGGGCCUCUUCAGCAUCCCCAUUUGGACAGGGGAGACAAGCCAGGGCCCCAGAUAGGGGGAUCUAGACUCGGCCACUUGUCUCUGAAGCUUCAGAUUUUUAAAUUCCAUGUAAAUUUUCCCUUGAAAGAAACUUUAACAGAGGAAUCAUAUUACCCUCUCCUCCUCCCCAAACUAUUGAGUAAAAUCAACACUCUAAGAAGAUGAGCCAUUAUUUAUCUUGGGCCACUGAUUACGUAUUUUUCUAAUGGCUGCUUUCCAAAUGCACCUCAGUUUGAGAAUCACAAUAAAUACUGGAUGGAUGGAUGGAGAGAUGGAUGACUAGAAUCAGGAAGGCCUGGCUUUGAAUCUUUGCAAUUUUUAGACCUAGGCCAGUCGUGUAACCUCGAUGAGAUAGUUCCUGUAUUAAUAAAAUGAAAAUAUAAUAAUACCUACCUCAUUCUCUUGAUAACUAACGCACUUUCUGAAACAGUGCCUGGGCACAUAAUAAACAUUCAAUAAAUUGAA